AUGCCAUCUCAAUCUUAUGUUUUGGGGGUGGGAAUGACCAAGUUUCUGAAGCCACGGCGCACUCGUGAAUAUCCAGAACUUGGCUAUGAGGCAGCAGUCAAGGCUCUGCUCGAUGCGCAUAUCACAUAUGAUGAUGUACAGGCAGGUGUUGCGUGUUAUUGUUACGGCGAUACGACUUCUGGUCAGCGGAUCAUGUACCAGCUAGGGAUGACGGGGAUUCCAAUCUACAAUACCAACAAUGCAUGUGCGACCGGAUCUACUGGCCUCUAUCUUGCUCGUGCCCUGGUCAAAGGAGGCCAGGCGGACUGUGUCCUCGUCGUCGGCUUCGAACAGAUGCGCCCAGGGUCAAUUAAGAGUGUAUGGGACGAUCGGCCCAGUCCUCUGGCACCAUCGACCACAAUGAUGGAGAACAUGUUUGGCAAACAUCAGAGCCCUCGAAAUGCUCAAUACUUUGGGAACGCUGGACAGGAGUAUAUGGACAAAUAUGGUGCUAAAGCAGAGGACUUCGCUGAAAUUGCGCGAGUUUCGCAUGAACACUCUCAGCGAAACCCGUACGCCCAGUUCCAAACUGCAUACUCACUGGAUCAGAUUUUGGACCCGAAGGCACAGGUCUAUGGACCCCUUACCAAGCUCCAGUGCUCUCCAACUAGUGACGGUGCUGCAGCUGCGAUUAUUGUAUCCCAAAGAUUCUUAGAUGCGCGUCCUCACCUCAAACCUCAGGCUAUUCUCAUAGCUGGCCAACAGCUAUUGACUGAUGGACCAGAGGUAUAUUCUCAGAGUGCAAUAGAUCUAGUCGGCUUUAACAUGUCGCGCCAAGCUGCCCAGCUCGCUAUGCAAGAGGCUGGUGUCAGAGUGAAAGAUAUCAAAAUUUGCGAGCUUCAUGACUGCUUCUCCACCAACGAGCUUCUUUUGCUUGAUGCACUUGGAUUUUCAGAGCCAGGGAAAGCCCACGAGAUGGUUCGUCGGGGAGACAUCACAUAUGGAGGUCGUGGUCUGGUCGUCAACCCAUCUGGCGGGCUGAUCUCAAAGGGCCACCCUCUCGGGGCUACAGGGCUGGCCCAGUGUGCAGAGCUUACUUGGCAGCUUCGUGGUUGGGCUAACAAUCGCCUGGUUCAGGGUACUGAUGUCACUUUGCAACACAAUCUCGGGUUAGGGGGAGCAGUGGUGGUAACCAUCUACAAGCGAGCCGACGGACAGGUCAACCGUCCCAUGUCAGAUGAAGAUAUCAAGGGGGUUACCGGUCUGGAAUACAACCCCGCAGUCGAGGCUCGGUAUAUCACACCUCAGGAUGGCCAACGCGUCUGUAGCAAAACAAAGCAUCACGAAUAUCCGCUACAAGAAACGGCUGAGAAACUCAAAGCGCGCAUCUGA